UUCUUUUUUUUUCUUGAUCAACAUACCAUGUUGGCCAAUGAGGAUAAUCCUUUUCAUUCACUUGAACAUGAUCAAGAUCCUAUCAUGAUUGCAGCUCGUCGUCAAAGCCAGAGUCUUUCUUCGUCAACAAUAUCAAUUCAAUGGCGAUAUUGUAGUGAAGGUGUUUUUCCUUCAGUUCAUCGCGAACGAACUGAAUCACCUCUUAAUCUGAUCGCCUUGGGUAGAACAGGAGACGGCAAGUCAAGCUUGUUGAAUGAUCUUCUGGGUCAUCAAGCUUUUAAACAAAAGAUCUCAGCUAAAUCACAAACAAAAGAGAUUCAAAGCAGCGAAGGAUUUUGGGCACCUUUACAUCCUUAUAUGCACAACAAGAAGGAUUUUGGGUGCCCUAUCCGAGUGAUUGAUACACCGGGAUUUGGUGAUUCGCAAAUGCGAGACAAAGAAUUCUUUUCUUUAAUCCAACAGGCUUUGUUGGAUGCAGCGAAUGAAAAGGGUGGCAUUCAUUGUAUUCUUAUGGUAUUCAAGAUCACAACAAAGUAAGAAGAUACGUUGUGUAUGAUGUAUGCUCAAUGUGAAUAGCUCAGAUACAGUAUUCAAGAGUAUACAGUCGUUUUAUGAUCUCAUAUCCCCUCUUGUCACACCAGAACAUCAUUUCUGGGACAAUGUUUUGCUUGUUUUCACGCAUGUUGAUAUUGUGAAUGGCAGCGCACAACGCUAUCAGUCGCACAAAGUGGCGCUUAAAACUAAAGUCAAUCAAGCCAUUCAAGAGAAAUAUGGGCUUGAUCAAGAUUUGCCUAUGCUUUGGAUAAGCACGCAAAAAUAUACAUGUGGAUUUUUAAAGGGUUUAGGUGAUUGUGAUUGCGAAAGAGGAAAUCGGUAUCACUCUGACUGUAGAAGACGCUUGUAUGAACAAGUGUGGAAAAGAAGACAUGUACCCUUAAGGUCAUUUGAACCACCUACCAACGAUGAACAAUAAAAAG